GUCCUGUGCUGGAAUGUGCGGCUCCCGCGAGCUCGCGGCGCAGCAGCAGAGCGAGCGCCGCCGAGGCCCCGGGCCCCAGACCCCGGCGGCGGCGGCGGCCCAGACGGCUGGGUGAGGGCCGGUGGCCUGAGCACCCUCGGCAGUCGCACUCCUGGGCCUUCGCGGGCCUCCACGGCCCCUGCGCCCAACUUUUCCACCCUCCCCUUUCCCUCCCCUGCAACUCCAGCAACAAAGAAAAGUAGUCGGAGAAGGAGCGGCGACGCCGGGUGGCCCGCCCCACCUCGCCGAGGAAGGCGGAGUACAGUUAUGGCUACCCAGGUAAUGGGGCAGUCUUCUGGCGGAGGAGGGCUGUUCACUGGCAGCAGUGGCAUCGGCAUGGCAUUGCCUAACGACAUGUAUGACUUACACGACCUCUCCAAAGCUGAGCUGGCUGCACCUCAGCUUAUCAUGCUGGCAAAUGUGGCUUUAACUGGGGAAGUAAAUGGCAGCUGCUGUGAUUACCUGGUGGGUGAAGAAAGACAGAUGGCAGAACUGAUGCCUGUUGGGGACAACAACUUCUCAGACAGUGAUGGGGAAGGACUGGAGGAGUCUCCUGAAAUAAAAGGUGAACCCAGUGGACUGGAAAACAUGGAACUGAGGAAUCUGGAGCUCAGUGUUGUAGAACCUCAGCCUGUAUUUGAGGCCUCACCUGCCCCAGAAGUUUACAGCUCAAAUAAAGAGCUUCCUUCAGAAACACCCGGAGCAGAGGACAAAUGCAAGAACUUGAAGAGCAAACCCUUCCGCUGUAAGCCAUGCCAAUACGAAGCGGAAUCUGAGGAACAGUUUGUACACCACAUCAGGGUACACAGUGCCAAGAAAUUUUUUGUUGAAGAAAGUGCAGAGAAGCAAGCAAAGGCCAGGGACUCGGGCUCUUCCACUUCAGAAGAGGGAGAUUUCUCCAAGGGCCCCAUUCGCUGUGACCGCUGUGGCUACAAUACCAAUCGAUACGAUCACUAUACUGCACACCUGAAACACCACACCAGAGCGGGGGAUAACGAGCGAGUGUAUAAGUGCAUCAUUUGUACAUACACAACAGUUAGUGAGUAUCACUGGAGGAAACACUUGAGGAACCAUUUUCCAAGGAAAGUCUACACGUGUGGGAAAUGCAACUACUUCUCAGACAGAAAAAACAAUUACGUUCAGCAUGUCAGAACUCACACAGGAGAACGCCCAUAUAAAUGUGAACUCUGUCCUUACUCAAGUUCUCAGAAGACUCAUCUAACUAGACAUAUGCGCACUCAUUCAGGUGAGAAGCCGUUUAAAUGUGACCAGUGCAGUUACGUGGCCUCUAAUCAACAUGAAGUAACUCGCCAUGCAAGACAGGUUCACAAUGGGCCUAAACCUCUUAACUGCCCACACUGCGACUACAAAACAGCCGACAGAAGCAACUUCAAAAAACACGUCGAGCUCCACGUCAACCCACGGCAGUUCAAUUGCCCUGUGUGCGACUAUGCAGCUUCCAAGAAGUGUAAUCUACAGUAUCACUUCAAAUCUAAGCAUCCUACUUGUCCUAAUAAAACCAUGGACGUCUCAAAAGUGAAACUAAAGAAAACCAAAAAGCGAGAGGCUGACUUGCCUGAUAACAACAUUACCAACGAAAAACCAGAAACAGAGCAGACGAAAACAAAGGGGGAUGCGGCUGGAAAGAAAAACGAGAAGUCUGUAAAAGUGGAGAAAAGAGACGUUUCAAAAGAGAAAAGGCCUUGUAGUAGCGGCUCAGUGACCCAAGUGACGACCAGAACUCGCAAAUCAGCCACAGAAAUUAAAGAGAUGGAUGUACCCACAGGCAGUAAUUCAGAAAAGCUCUGUAAAAUCAAGAAAAGCAAAAGGAAGAUGGAAGCUGAAGCCCAGUCCUUACCUGAUCCCGUGAAUAAUGAGGAACCUGUGACCAAGAAGAAAAAGAAGGCAGAAGGCAAACCCAGAAGUGGUCAGGAAGCGCCAAAGGGUGACUCCAAAGUGGAGGAGAGUAAGAAGCAAAAGGCCUGCAUGAAAAAAAGUGCAAGGAAGAAAACCCUGAAAAGUAAGUCAAGUAAAAGAACCAGCAAGCCUGCUCAGAAGGAGCCUGCUCAGAAGGGGUCUGCUCAAAUGGCACCUGCUCAGAAGGGGCCUCCUCAGAUGGCACCUGCCCAGAUGGGGUCUACUCAGAAGGGGCCUCCUCAGAUGGAGCCUUCUCAGAUGGGGCCUUCUCAGAUGGCGCCUGCCCAGAUGGGGUCUGCUCAAAUGGGUCCUGCUCAGAAGGGGCCUCCUCAGAUGGAGUCUGCUCAGAUGGAGGUUGUUCAGAAGAGUUCUGCUCAGAUGGACCCUGCUCAGAAGGGGUCUGCUCAGAUGGGGCCUGUUGAAAAGGGGUCUCAGAUGGGGUCUACUCAGAAGGGGUCUCAGAUGGAGCCUGCUCCGAAGAGUUCUGUUCAGACGGGGUCUGCUCAGAUGGAGCCUGCUCCUCUGGAGGUUGUUGAGAUGGAAACUACUCCAGUGGCCCUGCCUCCUCCCAUGGACAUUGUUCAGAAGGAGCCUGCUCAGCUGGGGCCUUCCCCUGUGGAAGUGGUUCAGAAGAGGCCUCGGUUGGAGCUGCCUCCUCCCACAGAGCCUCCUUUUCACAUGGAACUAAUUCCCAAAAAGUCUCCUCUCCGAAAAGAUAAAAAGGAGAAGUCUGACGUGCAGAGUGAAAUGGCAGAAAUGGCACGGAAGGAGCAAGUCCUUAUUGAAGUUGGCUUAGUGCCUGUGAAAGACAGCCGACUCCUGAAGGAAAGUGCAAGGACACAGGAUGUCUUACCACCGUCACCAGCGCUGCCAAAGGAAAGCUUAAAAGAAGAGGCAUCAAAAGACCAAAAGUCACUCUCUGAAAGUGAAGGGGAUAAAGAAACCCCUUUUCAGAGAGCAGGAGCCGAGGCGGCAGAUGCCAGCCCAGCUGGUCCUGCUGCUUCUGUCAAGGAAUCCACCAGUGUUUCAUCCUCUGGACAAAACCUGAAUAUGCCAGAGGGUGAAACUUCAGAUGGUAAAAAUCAGACUGACAGUAUUCCUUGUGAAAUGGAAAUGGACACUGAUGAGAACACAACAGAGAAUCUCCCCAGCAACGACUCAGCAGCUGAAGACCCAGUUUCACCGUCGCUCCCUGCCCCACCAGUAGAAGCAAGUGAAGCCGUGUCCAAAACGACUCUGACGUCACCUCCUAUUACCACGGCAGUAAAUGAGUCUCAGGAAAUUGAUGAAGACGAAGGCAUACACAGUCACGAUGGAAGUGACCUAAGUGACAACAUGUCAGAGGGUAGUGAUGACUCAGGGCUGCAUGGGGCUCGGCCAGCUCCACAAGAGCCCGGUAGGAAAAACGCAAAGGGAGCCUUGGCGGUCAAAGCAUCCAAGGGAGAGUUCGUUUGUAUCUUCUGCGAUCGUUCCUUCAGAAAGGAGAAGGAUUUCAGCAAGCACCUCAAUCGCCAUUUGGUUAACGUGUACUAUCUGGAAAAAGCAGCUCAAGGACAGGAGUAAUGGACUUUGGACAAGGUUUCAGUUUAGUUUGUAAGGCCUAUUACUACAUUUUAUAUAUCCAUUUAUAAUAGCAGAUAGCUUUUUAAGAUUGCUUUAAUUAGUGUCCAAUGUUGAUUUUUAAGUGCAUUCUUUUCCUUAGGACUAUAUAUAGACACCUGUUGAUUGUUGUAUACAUUUAAGCAAAUCCAAGGGAGUUAGUGUACUAAACCAGCAGACGCCUAAAUCUGUUAGCUUAUGUGUUGAAUUGAUUUGAGACGGCCAACACAGUCUAAUAGCAUUCUGUUGCUUUGUCCAGCUACAGCUUGUCAGUUCUUUCCUCGUGUCUGUCUUCCCAUUUUAGUUUAUUUUUAGUUCCUUGUUUAGCUCUAUAAAAAUUGGCUUACUUAAUAGCAAAUUACUUGAAGAAUUUGCCUGCUUUAUAUAAAGUUAGCACUUUAAGCUUUUUUUGUUUUUAGAGAUGAGAAGACAUUUAAAUUGAAGAGAAAUUCUCCCAACAAUGGACAUUCUGUCAGUCCAGGUAUUUACUUCCUGAGUUUUGAUCAAUAUUUCUAAUUUGUGUAUGUUUAUUGUCAUAAAAACAGUGAUUUUGGUGUGUGGGUUUUUGGUUGGUUUUUUUUUUUUUUGGUGCUUUAAUGGCUUAAGAUGUUGCACAUUGCUUUGUUUUUUUUUUUUAACCUAUGCAGUUAAAUAUUUUCUAGGAAUAGCCUUUGUGUUGAACAGUAACACUUUAUACAUAUAUGCAUGUUUAUUUUGGCCUCUCUGGAGGGAUACUUUUAGGUUUGUUUGCAAAAAAGCAGUUUCCUUUUUCUUCGCUGCAUUUGUCUUUUUUGCAGAAUAAUAGUGUGUGCAAGUUUGUGAGCAAAUGAAAUGUGCAGAUUCAAUCCUUUGAUUUUGAUUUCCACAGAUCGUAUCUAUGCCAGAAUCUGUAUUUCAUAUAAGUUAUUUAUUUUGAAUGGAUGUAGUAAAUUUAGAGCUCUCGGUUUCGAUUUUGUAGCAAAUUAACCACUAGGCUCCAUACUGAACAAAUUUUUCUCUCAAACGCCAACUGUAGAGUGUUCAAACAGAUCUCGGAAGAAAACCUUUUCUCCUAGAUGGUUGGUGUCCAUUACAGCUACUUAAACCGAAUAAAGAACUGUUAAGUGGUGGAAAUUGCAAACCUGGAAUCAGGAUACAUAAUUACUCCUUCCAGUUUUUACAGAAUAUCAUCACUUGGGAGAUUCCAAAGCCAUAGCUAUUACACAGCCAACAUAGAGGCAGUCAGAGUGCUGGCGGACCAGCUGCAGCUUCCUGUAAGUACAACGAAAAGGCUGCUGAAACUGAAGUACAGUCCAGAUUUUUAACAAAUCCUACUUUCUCAGGGAUCUCCACAACUAGUGGGUGUCCUGGCUGUCCCUGUGACAGCCUCUUUGGACAGGUGAGGCCUCAGACGAAUGACAGCUAUUCUGGUGUUCUGUGGGGCACUUUGUAUGAUAAAGGGCCUAUACUCCAAAACAUUUUUUUUUUUCUAGGUUCUUUGGCCAGUUGCCAAAGAGUAUGAAAGAAUCCAGCAUAGGAUUUUUCUUACUGAUAAGUAGUCAUUCAUGGCAGUAAAAUAAUUUAUAAUCCCAAGAGGGGAUCUUGAAUCCUGACCUCCCAUGUUCUGUGUUGACAUGACCACUUUGUUUCAUUUCCUUUGUUUUAAUCUGGUGAUCUCUUUGAGGUAGGCACAACACGAAAGAUUAGGAAAAGUGUCAUGAUGCGUGGGUGGAAAACUCUCAAAAUCUAAGAGAAAAGUCUGAGUUGAAAGUUGUUUGGACUUGGAAUUUGACUGGGAGGCCAAAGACCCAAGAAAGCAGAAGAUUCUCUCAAGACAGGAGUAAGUUGUGUGAUAAUGGUGUGUGCUUUGUGUGCAUGAAUGGGGACUUGUAAAUGUGGAAUUCUAGGCUCCGACAAUCAUUGUCAACAGAAGAUCAAGCUGCAAAUAUUUAUGUUUUAAAACUUAAAUUAUAAAGCUAGUCAAAUCUUUCUAACAACUAGUUUAAUGUUCGUGGCUACAUUUUACCUAAGUUACAGUUUACAUUAGAUAGAAAAAGAUUCAUCUUGAGUGUAGAUUGGAUAUUGAGAAUCCAGCUGGGGGAGAGGUUUUUGUGGAUUCUUUCAUACUGCAAAAGGAAAAAACAUUGCCUUCUGGGGAAUUGAACCAAUUUCUAAUCUAGUCUUUAAGAUUAGAAUGCUAAAAACAAAAAUAGGAAGGAAAUUAAACCCCUUGUUGUUAAAUUGAUCUGUAAAAACAUUGUUACUGGAAAUUGAUUGGGACUUGAGGCCUUUUCUUCCGGAAAAUAAGGACUUGAUUGUCAGGCCUAUAUUAGGUUCUGAACCUUAUUGCAUGUAUUUGUACUUAUUAAAAAUUGUUUCAAUGAAAAAUAUAUUAGCAAUAUGAACUUUGGUCAUUUGGAAGUUCUUCCAUUUGAAAAAUGUUAUUUGCAUGGAACUCUUUGAAUCUUUUUUUUACUUUGUAGUCCCCUCUCCUCGCCACUGGAUAGAAUUGAAGCUAGAAUUUUCCCUUUUGAUAAAGGAACAACAACAAAAAAAAAUGAACAUGUACUUGUAAAUUGAUGUUUAGGAAGUAGUGAUAAACUUGAAGUGCUAGAAUACGGUAUAAGCCUUAAUCCUAGGUAGUCUUAUGAAAAUGAAUCUCUUUUAAAUCUAUAAUCACAUGGAUUUUCAAGAUAUUUUAAGUUAUAUUAUAUUUUUUCUUCUUUUUUUCAGAGCUGCUUAUUUUGGGGCUACUUUUUUAUUGAGGUGUAAUUCACAAGGGGCUACAUUUUCUUUCUUUUUUUUUUUU